AUGGAAAGAAUUUGUGUCGUUUCUGAUGGAAACGAAUAUGUGUCCCAGAAAGUAAUUCGUUAUUUGGCAUGGUUAUCUAUAAAGUCAAAGUUUUUUGAAAACAAUGGAGACUCUGAAAAGACUGCGUCAGAAUUGAUCGAGUGGUAUUCCGACGAAAGCGCUUCCGUGGCUAUUUUGAAUUCCAAAAAUUACAUCGAAGACUACAAGCCAAUUUUCAAGGAAUAUGGUAUUCAAGUAUUUUUCAUGGGCAGUGGUAAAACCAGUCCUGGUGAUGAUAAUUCUUUUAUUCACUUUAAUGGCAGUGAUAUUAUCAUCAACCAAAUUACAAGCCAUCUACAAUCCCGUAUUUCUUACUUUACAUUGAAUCUCAAACCUAGACCAAGAACAAUAUACUUGUCUAGACAUGGUGAAUCCAUGUUCAAUGUUACUGGGCAGUUAGGAGGUGACGCUGAUUUGUCUCCGAGAGGAUUUGCAUAUGCCAAAAAAUUGCCUGAGCUUAUAAAAGCCGAUACUGAUGCUGAAUUGACGGUAUGGACAAGUACAUUGAAACGUACUGGUCAAACUGCUAGCUAUCUUCCAUACCGUAAAUUGGAAUGGAAAGCUUUGGACGAAUUGGAUGCUGGGCAAUGUGACGGUUUGACUUACCAACAGGUUGAAGAGCAAUUUCCUGAAGAUUUUAGAGCUAGAGACGAGAACAAGUUUGAGUAUAGAUAUCGUGGAGGUGAAAGUUAUCGUGACAUCAUUAUCCGUUUAGAACCGAUUAUCAUGGAAUUGGAACGUCAAGAGAACAUUAUGAUCAUUACGCAUCAAGCAGUAUUGCGUUGUCUCUAUGCCUAUUUCAUGAAUGUUCCGCAAGAAGAGAGUCCAUGGAUGCUGAUUCCGUUGCACACUUUGAUCAAAUUAGAGCCAGGUGCCUAUGAAACUAAAGUAACCAAAAUCAAAGCAAACAUUCCAGCUGUCAGUACCUACAAAGAAAAGGGUACUUCCCAAUUAGGAGAAUCUGCCACCAGCAGCAGUUCUAAAAGUAGAGACUUGAUCAACAAUUGCUGA